AUGGAACCAGUUAUUGACAGCAGCAGAUAUUUUGUUCUUCGCAUAGAAGAGAAUACAGGUGAACCGGUCAUGGCUCCUCGGGUCAAGGGUCAUAGAGGUUCUCACACUACUGCCGCAGCCGCUAUUUCAACCACCUCCACUUCUUUUGGGACUUCAGUUGUGCCAGAUUUUCAGUCAGGACCACUUAGCCAGCAACCGUAUUUGAUGGUACCUAAUCCAGGCUACACGGGUCUUCCUCCACCAAGUUGGCCUAGUCCAAGAUGUAUGGGUCUCCCUCCUCCACCCCCUCCUCCAAUUUCGAUUCCUCCUUCGCUUUGCAAUUUUAGUCUAUUAGUUGAUUCAGAGACACCUGGAAGCUCUAGUACAUCUCCUCCAUCAAAGACUGCAUCGGUUCCUAAUAGUGUCACAAAAGAAAGAUUGGUUCCUGAUGGAAAAACAAGGUACUGGGAAACAAAUGAGAAAUGGAAAAAUAUAAGGAAAAAAGCAAGGGAGAAUCGAGCGUCACUCUUAGGUGGUUCUGUCCAUUGCGGUGGUUCUAUUCAAUUGAGCUCAACUAUAAAGAGGAUGAAGAAGCAGUUGGGCCGUACACCAACCCACGAGGAGGUUAGAGCGUCAAGUAGUUCUAGUGCAGUUCCACUACCACCGCCACCGUCCCCACCCUCAAUAUCUUCGGAUGAGGACUAUGAUGAUGAUGAGGAUGAAGAUGACACUGAAUACUAUAGCUGA